UCAUUUUGUGCGGAACAAUUGUUUUGGUUUAAAUAAAAAUGGCUGGCAUUCUCAGGUUGAAAGAUUAUGAAUCAAGUAGUGAUGAAGAAGAAGGCAUAAACGCACACCUUUUACCUAUAAAAAAUCCAGAAAUUUCAAUUUCCCAGAGUAUAGCAUUAGUAGCUGCCCCAGAGGUUGUUUCAAACGAGGACAGCUCUGGUUUACGUCAUAUUGAUGCCAAUACAAAAGAGUUGAAGUACAAUCCUAAACAUGAUGAAUUGUUUGCACCAUAUGUUGGCCCAGUGAAUCCAUAUAAAACUGCUCAAUCAUCGCAAAAAAAAAACACCUUGUGUGGUUUUGUAGAGCCAGCUCAUGUAAACUCUUUUCAAUUUGACAACCAAAGAAAGACAUUCACAAGCUAUGGUUUUGCUUUGGAUCCCAGUGUAGAUAAUGGUAGCCAGCCUGAUACUUUUAUUGGGGAUGUGAAAUUACUUGAAGAAAAUAAAGGUAAAACUGUGUUUGAAACAAAUUCUGUGGUUGAAAAGAAAAAGAAGAAGAGAAAAAGGGAGGUCAAUGAGGAUCCAGCUGACAUUGAUGGGUAUUUAGGCCCAUGGGCUAAGUACAAAGAUGAAGAGACAGUUUCUAGACCAAGUGAAGAAGAGCAAAAAGUAUUGGAUGAAAUCCUGGCCAAGAGAAAUAAAUCAGGAAAACAGGUUGACGAAAAACCUUUGGAAGAAAAAACAACACUUCAUAUUAAAGAUGCUUAUGACUACCAAAACAGGUCAUUUUUACAUCCACCCCAAGAUGUGGGUGUGAAUCUUAAAUCAGAAGAACCGCCAGAGAAAUGUUUCCUUCCCAAAAAAUUAAUUCACACUUGGGCUGGCCAUACAAAAGGCAUUGCAGCUAUUCGUUGGUUUCCAAAGUUUGCACACCUUAUUUUGUCUGCUGGAAUGGACUGCAAAAUAAAGAUCUGGGAAGUCUAUAAAGAAAGAAGAUGCAUAAGGACGUACACUGGUCACAAACAGGCAGUGAGAGAUAUCUGUUUUAAUAAUGAUGGCAAAGAAUUUCUUAGCUGUGGAUACGAUCGCUACUGUAAAUUAUGGGAUACUGAGACAGGUGAAUGUAAAGCUCGCUUUACCAGUCGGAAAGUUCCAUAUUGUGUAAAAUUUCACCCAGAAGAGGAUAAGCAACACCUGUUUGUAGCAGGAACCUCUGACAAGAAAAUAGUGUGUUGGGAUAUUCGCUCAGGAGACAUCAUACAGGAAUAUGACAGGCAUUUAGGUCCAGUGAACACAAUCACAUUCAUUGAUCAAAAUAGGCGUUUUGUUUCCACAUCUGAUGACAAGAGUCUUAGAGUUUGGGAGUGGGAUGUUCCUGUUGAUUUCAAAUACAUUGCUGAUCCAUCCAUGCAUUCAAUGCCUGCUGUUACUUUGUCACCUAAUGGAAAGUGGUUAGCAUGUCAGUCUAUGGACAAUAAAAUUUGUGUUUUCAAUGCUUUAAACAGAAUGAAAUUCAUUAGAAAGAAAACAUUUACAGGACAUAUGGUUGCUGGGUAUGCAUGUGGGAUAGACUUCUCACCUGAAAUGAGCUACAUAACAUGUGGAGAUGCAGAUGGAAAAGUGUACAUCUGGGACUGGAGAAGCACCAAAUUAUACUCCAAAUUCAAGGCCCAUGAUGAUGUUUGCAUUAAUGUUCUGUGGCACCCUCAUGAGACCUCAAAACUUGCCACAGCAGGCUGGGAUGGGGUUAUUAAAUAUUGGGACUGAAACUUUUUUAAAAAACUGAGUUUUUUUUUUUAAAAUAGACUUUUGUGUUGUUCUGUUAUUAUUUGAAAAUGUACUUUGGAAUCUUUUUUUCUAAAGAAGAGCUGUCUUGCUUAUUACAAGUUAAUGAUACUUAUCUUUAAUUGCAUUCAUCCAGUUCAGGGCAACUAAUAUAAAAAUGUAGAUCAAAUCAAGAUCACACAUUUUAAAACAUGUUUGACUAGUCUUUUUAUAACUAGUCUUAAAAAGCUAUGCAUUCUCUUAAAAUAAUGAAAUAUUUUGUGUUAUGCUGCAUGGCAUACCAGUGUGCAGGAGUAAAGAAAAGUAUUGACUGCCAUUCAUUUGUUCCUUGCAUAUAGGGUAAUAAAGAUCACCAAAUAACCCACCAAUCUAAAUCAGCCAAAUAAGUAUCUUCAAUACAAAUAUUAAGGCAGUAUUGUUUCACGGCUCUGAGAUCUCAAAGUUUACUGACAAAUACUGACCGGCUAUAGUAAUUCACAAAUAUAUGUUCAUGAUAGAUCAUUGAAAUAAGAUGGCCAGACAAAAUGUCAAAUAAAGACCUGUGGGAAAACUCAAAGGACAUCAAACCCUGUGAAUGGGGAUGGAUUUGUCAUACCAUUAGAAGGUAAGAAGAUAAUAUUGCAACGAAAGCCAUACACUGAAUCCAGAGGGAAGGAGGAAAAUCGGCUGCCCCUUAGAAAUCCUGGAGAAAAACAAGAGGCAAAGGCUGCUGGACUCGUGUGGGUACAGUUAAUGAUAGUAUUGAGAGCUACCCAAAACAGAUUCUGGGGGCCACAAAGGAAAAAGUCAAAACUUGUUAAAAAAAAGUGCAAAAACAGAAUUUUCAGUUUCAGCAAGAUAAUAAAGUACUGUUCAAGAUGAAAACCAUUAGGGUCACAUAAACUGCAAUAACUAGAUCUAUAGUCUAUAUUGUAUAAACUUAGAACUUAAAGUAGUAGGUAGUUAAAUUUCAAUUUACUUCCCUUGGUUUUGAAGAUUUCAUAUUUGAUCCAUCAAGUCAGCUGAUAAUUACACAUAACAUGUAGAAAUCUAGAACUAAUGUUGAAAAUAAAUGUCAGUAUAAUUUAUGUACAUUUUAAGAACUGAAUGUUUAAAAGAUUGAUAUUUAAAUAUGACAAACAACAUUCUAUACAAAUACUCUUUGUGAUAUUUGAAAAAAGUUUAUUACAUUACAAUAUUAAUUAAGCAAACUAAACAUAUCUUUUUGCCCUCUUUCUUUUCUUUGGAUAUGAUUUAUAUGUAAGAUAUUUGUAUUAUUUUAAUUGUAUUUUAAACAGAUGCAUCAAAAACAUUGCAUUUUUACGGCAAAAUAAUUGCAAAUUAUGUGACCUUUCAUUUUAAAGAAACAAAAUUAUGUUUUGAAGUUCUAAAUAAUUAAAUUCAGUUAGAUAAUUAAGAAAUGUAACAUUAGAUUGCUAGCAAGUUGUUUAGUAAAAUAAUGUGCUCUAAUACAUGUGGGUAUGCCAGAACAAUUGAACCAGGAUAAAAAUUUGUACUACAGUGUUAAUGAAAUCAAACAUAAAGAAAAUGGGCUUUCAUAGCAUAUUGAGCAGAAAAUUUAUGGUCAAUCUUACCAAAGGGUUUUAAACAUUGUAAAAGGAUUUAAACAAAUGGAUAAUCUAAAAGCAAUAAAAUAUG